UCGCAACAUCAGUCUCACUUUGUCGAGAGGAUAUUAAACAUGUUCGCUAAACUGUUCAUCGUCUGCGUCGUAGCCGUGGUAGCGCUCGCCCGCGAGUACCCGGCCGGCCUCCAUCCCGCAGUAUGCCCCAACUACCCCUACUGCGACACCAACGCCUUCGCCCGCUUUACCCCGGAAGGCCAGCCCAUCCCCGAGUGGGUCUACAACCCCUCCAUCUUGCCCGUAGCACCUGCUGACCCCAACGCGAACAUUGCUGCUAAAUACCCGGCCAACUUCAACGCUGCCGCAUGCCCCAACUACCCAUACUGCUGGUGAACAGUCCAGACUCUAGGCUAGCCUUCCGGACAUACAGACAUAUGUUAAUGCCAGACUUCACGCAAAACUUUACUGUGACAUUAUUAAUUAACCUAGGGUAUUGAAUGCCAUACAACCUUUGGCACAACCAAAUAAAGUUAAACUGUAAUUCUUCCUUGGGUUUGUCCAUAUUCACACCAGAAUUGGAUGCAAAUCACAGUUGAAUGUUAUUCUACUCGAUUUGAAUGGAACUAUACUCCAUGAAUACUGGGUUUGAAUUCUGCUGUGGUCAAAGUUGAAUGCAAUGCAUUUAUACUCACAGUAGAAUUCAAUUCUUUUUAAAGUUCUUUCCCAGGUUGAAUACAGUUAUACUCGCCCAUAAUAUAUUCUGUCAAUUACAUUAUUGUUUUGUAUGAAUUUUGUGUAAAUUAGCAAUGUUACUGCCAUAUUUUACUUGUACCUUAUGAAAUUGUAAAUAACGCGAACUGAUUUUUGCUCAGCAUUUUGGUUAUUUUGUAAA